CAUCAUAACAAUUUGAUAUGCUCUUUAUACCCUUUGGGUGUUAUUCCAAUAUCAAUGCUUCGCAAAACACCAAUUAAGUUAUCAACAAGUGAUAAAUGGCGGCAUUCAAGUUACGUAUCGCAACUCUACAAUCAAUAUGUGCGUGAUUCUAAGGAACAUCUGGCCAAAUUCCGUGAAGGAGCAUCAGAAUCAAAGCGCUUUAGACACAAGUUGGAGUUCUAUUCGCAUCUUUGUGGAAAGGUUGUGCAGCAUUUGGAGAAACAGGCUAGAUCGCCUUACCUCCAAUCAGCUGAAUGUGCAAAAUGGAACUACACUGGUUUAUUUUUCACAGUUUUGUACAACAUAAAGAACACUCACCAGAAAGAUAUAAUUGUAUUGUUAGUUGGAAUCGUUCGACUUUUAAGAGAAGAGCAUUACGGUCUAUAUAAGUUAGAUGUCUUACGUGAUUGUAUCGAGUGUUUUUUAGCGUGCCUUAUAAAGUGUAGUGAUCGGGUUAUAGAUCACGUUCAAACAUUAUCGGAAACUGUUGAACCAACUAUGAACAAAUGGAAGAUUUUUGCUGACUUUUUACGCAACAUACCUCGCGAAAAUCACAUCGUACACCUUGAGCAGGAACAAUCUCAGUUAUCGUCGACUAUACGUUUUCCUUCUGAUGGUACUUUAAAUCAUUCAUCUCCAUGUAAUGGUUUCGGGCUUCAAGAAAGCAAUUUACUGACACCUAAUGAAUAUAUGGUUGGAUUUUACAGUGACGAUUCCUCUGAAUUCUUGGCUCACCAUCCAUUGGACACAUUGUUUGCAAAUAUAAUCUUUAGGCUUAAGAAAAGAAAAGAUUUCUCAAGGCUAGCUUUUGUUUUACAUUGGUUGCAUACCAUUGGACUGUUUAAAGAAUGCAUUCACAUUUUUUACAGCAUUUUGUUGAAAAGGAUGCUUGAAUUAGAAACGAACAGUAGGAGUGAUCCGUAUCCUCGUGAUCUAAUAAGUGUUUUACGUUAUUCUUUGAGUAUGGAUAUAACUGAUAAUUUGCGAAAUGAGCUCUACAGUUGUAUCAUAACAUAUAAUCGCAGAUGCAUUCUAAGAUUAAAUCUACAGGAUCUGAAUGAACUUCUAGAUUGUCUCCUAUCUAUGGAUUCAGUGGAUGAAGGUCUAAUGUUGGCCAUAUUUGCCAAUCUACAGUUGAUAAUAAACAAUCAUUGGACAACACUAUCACCCCAAAUCCCCAAAUUAUUUCAGUCAUAUCUCACCGAACGAUCCCAAAUUGUAUGUGACGACCAUACAAAACGUGUGAUGUUGAUUUUUGACUAUAAUACACUAUUCAAAUUGGCGGAUAGAAUUCUAGGCAAUUGUUCGCUAAUGUGGUUCGUACAGCAUUACGGAUAUAAGAGUGAUGUAGCACUUGGAAGUACAAAUUUAGAAACUCACUCACAAGCGCUUCGCUGUUUGCCAGACAUCAUCACAAAGUUGAAGCGUUUAACGCAAAGUUUGGAUGAAACAAAACAAUACUGCAUAGACCUUAUUGAACACAUGUCGACCAAGCGUCUGGGUAGAGGUCAAAUUACAGUUGUGAAUACUAGAACACAAAUUAGCUAAUAGUAUUCAUUCCAUAUAUAUGCGAUG